AUGGCCCAGAUUCAGAAAGUCAAGAAACAGCUCGUCGUCUUUGACUUCGACUGGUCUUUGGCAGACCAAGACACGGAUAGAUGGAUCUUCGAGGUCCUAGCUCCUCACCUGCGAAGAAAGAUGAAAGAUCUUAAAUCGACCGUGCAAUGGACUGAUCUCGUAGCUCAAUCAUUAUGUGAAGUCUAUGCAGAAGGAAAGAGUCGCGAGGAUAUUGAGAACGCCUUAAAGAUAAUUCCUUUCCACCCUGCCAUGGUCAGAGCACUUAAGAAAUUAAAGAACCGCUCCGAUCUCGACACCACCUUCUUCAUCCUCUCGAAUUCGAACUCAGUAUUUAUUUCCACAAUCCUUGAGGAGAAAGGGAUUACCAGUCUAUUUGACAAAGUCGUGACGAAUCCAGCUGAGUGGGAGCCCACCGGUCUACUCAAACUUCGUAGGCGUGUUGAUCCGUCUGGACCUCAGCACAACUGCAAGAUCGGAUGCAGCCCUAACAUGUGCAAAGGUGAUGAAUUAGAUGCAUUCUUGAAAGAGCACGAUACCUACGACAGAGUGAUAUACGUCGGUGAUGGUAGUAAUGACUUCUGCCCCGUCAUACGUCUUCGGGAGCAGGAUUUGAUUUUAUGCAGGACUUAUCGGGGAUUACAACGUCGUAUCGAGGGAGAAGGCGGUGUUAGAUGCCAAAUUAAAUACUGGGGCGGAGCUUGGGAAGUAGAAGAGCAUUUCGAUCAAUUAUAAUUAAACCACAUGGAGGACACCCUGCAUGUCGACCGGAAGAGGCUCGCGCGGAAAUAACAUGAGGGUAGAGAGUUAGGUUAGAAUAGCUUCUCGGGCACAAGAUCAAUGUUGCGGAAUCACAAUACGGGUUACACUACUGAUUUCAUCAUGUAGAAAUCACAAUGGUAUUUCAACAAUGGCA